AUGCAGCAGGCCCGCGGCGGCUAUGGUGGUGGUGGCGGCCCCAAGAUGCCUCGAGCAGCCGGCGGUGCCGUCUUUGCCAGUCUGCUCAUCGCUGGUGGUGCCGUGGUUAUCUCCAACUCGCUGUUCAACGUUGAUGGUGGUCAACGGGCUAUCAAGUACCGGAGGGUAAGCGGUGUUAGCAAGGAGAUUUACGCUGAAGGAACUCACAUCAACAUCCCCUGGUUUGAGACCCCGAUUGUGUACGAUGUCCGAGCGAAGCCGCGCAACGUCGCCUCGUUGACGGGCACCAAGGACCUGCAGAUGGUCAACAUCACCUGCCGUGUGCUCUCGCGGCCUCAGAUCGACGCCCUGCCCCAGAUCUACCGGACACUAGGCGCCGACUACGACGAGCGUGUGCUGCCUUCGAUUGUUAACGAGGUUCUCAAGAGCGUCGUUGCUCAGUUCAAUGCCAGUCAGCUCAUUACUCAGCGAGAGAUGGUUGCCAGGCUGGUGCGAGAGAACCUUUCCCGACGAGCUGCCCGGUUCAACAUUCUCCUCGACGAUGUGUCUCUGACUCAUCUCGCCUUCUCCCCCGAAUUCACUGCCGCCGUCGAGGCCAAGCAGGUUGCCCAGCAAGAGGCCCAGCGAGCAGCCUUCAUCGUCGACAAGGCGCGACAGGAGAAGCAGGCCAUGGUUGUCAAGGCACAGGGUGAGGCACGCUCCGCCGAGCUGAUUGGCGAGGCCAUCAAGAAAAGCAAGGCCUACGUGGAGCUCAAGAAGAUUGAGAACGCCCGGCAGAUCGCCGCCCAAUUCCAGGAGGCUGGCUCCAAGAACAGGCUGCUGCUCGACUCGGAGGGUCUCGGCCUCAACGUGUUUGACGAUAAAGAAAAGAACUAA